CAACAAUGAAAGUAUUGGUCAAUUCAGUUUCGUAUACUUGCACUUUCUGAAACCGGCUUCCAGAAUCUGAUGGUUGAUGAUCGUAGCACUUCUCGCCACCCUCGCCUUCGCCAACGCCGGCUUCAUAGGGGAACCUUUAGCCUACUCCGCCCCCGCUGCGUACGCCGCCCCCCUUUCCUACUCUGCCCCUCUCUCCUACUCCGCCCCCAUUUCGUACACCGCCCCCGCCCUCACCUCGCAGUCCGCCAACAUCUACCGCAGCUUCGGCAACCUCGGGCAAGUCUCCGCCUACUCGAAGACCAUCGACACGCCCUUCUCGAGCGUCAGCAAAUCGGACGUGAGAGUGUCCAACCCCGGAGUGAGAGUGGCACACGCCCCUCUGCUGGGAGUGGCCUAUUCAGCCGCGCCCGCCGUUUCGCACAUCAACUACGUGUCUGGAUACGCCAAUUACGCUUUUUAGGUUCUGCAGCGUUCAUUCAAUGUAAUUUAUUUAUUUAUUUGAAUUUGGCAAAAUAAACGUUGGGAUUGAG